CCUGCGUUGCUUCUAGUCUCUCUUCCCAUCCUGAAGAAGGUAGAAAUGAGCAGGAUUUUCCCCAAAUCCCAGUAUCCUCUUGGAGGGCGUGGCCGGAGGAGGCACACUAUAUAAACCGGAGACCAGAGCGCAUUCGUUCCAGUCUUCCUUGGCGCCACUCGCGUUUACCUCCUUCCGCGGUCGCUCAGGUCUUCCUUGGAGAAGCUACCCAAGGGACACCGAAGGGCAAGCCGUCGCCCAGCUUCCUGAGUGGCACUCAGAUCCAGGUGGACUGGCAAACUCGGAGAGGAAAGGACAGGCUUCUGGUUCCAGACACCGCCUCCACUUCCAAAAGGUUUUGGACAUCUCCUUGUCUCCACGUUGCUGGAACUGACUUCUUGCUCAACUGGCUGACUCACUCAAUGGAGACAAAGAGAACUAAUGCUUCGUGCUGACUCACAUUUGAAUCAAAGCAUCAGGGAGUCAGUCUGCCUUGUUGGUGGGAAGAGCCAGUGAUACUUUUCUAUCACUAAGCUUCCUAAGGCUUCUGAAGAUAAGAUAUUCAGAGGAAUAUAUAUACACUUUCUUUUGAACUUUUAUAACAAAUACUUGCUCUAGUUUUGAAGCCCCCGGGCUGCUGGGGAGUGACGAGUGUUACAAGUGGCCUUACUCCAUUUCCAGAAACCCUCACCUGGAUUCUCACUUGACACGCAGUCCAGAGUGGCAGGAACAUGCCGACUCAGUCCCUCUUAGUGUACAUGGACGGCCCGGAAGUCAUCGGCAGUUCUCUUGGCACCCAGAUGGAGCUAGAUGAUGCCAUAUCAAUGAAAGGGGCCACUGCUGUCCCUUUCAGAGCCACACAGGAGAAGAAUGUCAUCCAGAUUGAAGGCUACACGCCUUUGGACUGCAUGUUCUGCAGUCAGACCUUCGCACACUCUGAAGACCUCAACAAACACGUCUUAACGCAGCACCGGCCCACCCUCUGUGAGCCCGCGGUCCUGCGUGUGGAGGCAGAGUACCUCAGCCCUCUGGACAAGGGUCAGGUGCAGACGGAGUCUCCCAAGGACGAGAGUGGCAAAGACAGCGAAGACCUGAGCUGCGAGGUAUGUGGGCAGACGUUCAGAGUCGCGUUCGAUGUGGAGGUCCACAUGAAGAAGCACAAGGACUCUUUCACCUACGGGUGCCACGUGUGUGGCCGGAGGUUCAAGGAGCCCUGGUUUCUGAAGAACCACAUGCGGACCCACAACGGCAAGUCGGGGGCCAAGGGCAAGCUGCAGCAGGGCUCCGAGAGCCCAGCCACCAUCAACGAGGUUGUCCAGGAGCAGGCCGCCGAGAGCAUCUCCUCUCCUUACAAAAUCUGCAUGGUUUGUGGCUUCCUAUUUCCAAAUAAAGAAAGUCUAAUUGAUCACAGGAAGAUGCACACCAAAGACGUGGCUUCCGGUGGCAGCAGUGCUCAGGCGGACUCUCAGCUGGCGGGGAUGCCAGCCCCCAGCGACGAGCUCCUGCAGUUCCUGAACCUGAGGCCCACAGCGUGCCCCGAAACUGGGAAGCACCCCGCCAGAUGGAUCCCUCAGCUCGACCCCUUCACCACCUACCAGGCCUGGCAGCUGGCCACCAAGGGCAAAGUCGCCGUCUGCCGGGAGGUGAAGGAGCAGCCCGGGCAGGAAGGGAGCACAGACAACGACGAUUCGGACAAAGAGGAGCUUGGAGAAAUCUGGAGUGCAAGCAAAAGCCACCCCGAAGGUUCUGGAAAGUCCAGAACGAGCAGGAGCGGCUGUGCCGGCCUUGCCCACGACAAGGAGAAGCCUAGACAUGCGAAUGGUGAAGUGCCUUCUGGGGACUCGGACCCCAAGUUGUCCAGCAACAAGGAGAAGCCCACGCAUUGCUCCGAGUGCGGCAAGGCUUUCAGAACCUACCACCAGCUGGUGCUGCACUCGAGGGUCCACAAGAAGGACCGGAGGAUGGACGCAGAGUCGCCAACCACGGCUGUGGACGGGAGGCAGCCGAGGAUGUGCUCUCCUGACCUCGCCGGCACCCUGGACGAGCACGGGGCUGGGGACCGAGACGGCGGCUCCGAGGACGGGUCCGAGGACGGGCUCCCCGAAGGCUUGCAUGUGGAUAAAAAUGACGAUGGAGGCAAAAUAAAGCAUCUUACAUCCUCAAGAGAAUGUAGUUACUGUGGAAAGUUUUUCCGUUCCAAUUAUUACCUCAAUAUUCAUCUCAGAACACAUACAGGUGAAAAACCGUACAAAUGUGAAUUCUGUGACUAUGCUGCGGCCCAGAAGACCUCGCUGCGGUACCACUUGGAGAGACAUCACAAAGAUAAGCAGGUCGACUCGGCCGCUGAGGUCAAGAGCGAUGGGAAAAACCAGGAGGCCGAAGAUGCACUACUCGCCGCCGACAGUGCGCAAACCAAAAAUUUGAAAAGAUUUUUUGAUGGUGCCAAAGAUGCUAAAGGCAGUCCACCUGCCAAGCAACUUAAGGGGGUGGCCCCUGCCUUUCAGAGUGUCCUGGGCAGCACUGUCCUUUUGCCAGUACACAAAGAUACUCAGGAUUUCCAUAAAAAUGCAGCCGAAGACAGUGUGGACAGAAUGAGCAGAAACCCUGCCCCUGCUCAUUUGGACGUGUUGAAGAAGAGACCCACUGUUGAACCCCAGGCCGGUGGCCUCGUCUGCAGAACAGAAGGGGGUGUCCCCCCUCCUCCUCGCCCAGAUGCCACUGCCACCUGGAGUACUGGAGCCACGAAGGUGGAGGUGGCAGUGGCCGGCAGUGUGAAGCCAAGCAUGGACUGUCAAGAAAAGCCUUUAAACUUAUCCCUCGGGCCGCUUAACAGCUGCCCGGCGAUUUCUCUGAGCAAGAGUCUGAUCCCUAGCAUCACCUGCCCGUUCUGUACCUUCAAGACCUUUUAUCCCGAGGUUCUCAUGAUGCACCAGCGGCUGGAGCACAAGUACAAUCCCGACAUCCACAAAAACUGUAGAAGCAAGUCUUGGCUCAGAGGCAGGCGCACUGGCUGCCCGCCUGCUUUACUGGGAAAAGACGUGCCGCCCUUGUCCAGCUUGCCCAAGCCCAAGCCCAAGCCCACCUUCCUGGCCCAGUCCAAGACCCUGCUGUUGGAGAAGGGGAAGCCGGGCCCCCCAGGGCCAAGCAAAGCCCCUCUGACCUCAGGGACUGACUCUAGCACUUUAGCCCCCAGCAACCUGAAGUCGCACAGGCCACUGUCCAGUGUCGGGACGCAGGGGGCUCUGGCUACCAGGCAGCCGUCAGAGAUGUUUCCUAAAAGUGGAGUUUCUCCUGCCCUGGAGAAGACAAAGAGGCCGGAGGUGAAGUUCAAGGCCCCGGGAGUCUCUGUGUCCCAGCCAGCGCUGGGUGGCAGCACCAUGAACGGCUCAGAUUUCCCUGCCAAGCACGAUGGCCCGUGGGCACCCCCCGGGAGAGACUAUUUCUGUGGCCGCAGCGCAGGAGGUGCCGGCCCGGAGCUUGGAGAGCCGCUUCCCAAAAGGCCAAAACCCGGGCCGGCGGCCCUGGACACGGAGCAGCCCGGGCCUCACUACAGAAGGGGCCUCGACCUGCCCAAGUACCAGAUGGUCCGUGGGAUCACAUCGUUGCUGCCCCAGGAGUACACGUGCCCGCCGCCGCCGCCGGCGGUGCUGCCCCCCAAGCCACGGUUCCUGGCCUCCGGGGAGAUCGACUCUGCGAAUGUGUUGACUGUGCACAAGCCCUACGGCGGCCCGGGCCCGCUCUACACGCGCAGCCCCUCGGGGGCAGCGGCCGGCUCCGCACUCGAAGGAAAAAGGCCUGUAUCGUAUCAACACUUAUCUAGCAGUAUGCUGCAGAAGAGGAGUUAUGAGAGUUUUAUUGGGAGCGCACAUUAUCGACCAAAUGACAAAAACACUUGAUUUCCUACUUGGGGGAGAAAGGUCUCGGCGAUGGAUGUGUGUACUCUGUGUGAAGGGAAGCCAGUCCAUCUUCUGAGAAAGCGGCCUGAGAGCUACUGAAAGAAGCCGUGAUUGAUUGUACUGUACAUAGAAUGCGGGAACACUACAGUGCUGGGGCGUCCACUCUCGUACCAAAUAGCAAUAAAAACUCGUCGGAGCAGUGGGGUUGUACACGGUGGAGACCAGAGAGCUCUAUUUUGUCCCUGAAUAAUAUUUUUUUUACAAUUGACCAAAUAAGUGGAGUUUUUGCAUACUUGAGCGCUGCUGAAAAGAAUCAUUUGGGAUGGGGGGGUGGGGCGGGGAGAAGGUAUAUGAUGCUUGCACCUCAGGUAAAAUCUGUAAAUAGAUAAGUUGUACCUGCUUGUUCAAAUACCCUGUGUAUUCUUUUUCUCACAUAGCUCAUCACUUUGAGCAGUUCCUUGCUAUUUGUGCUCUUUCAUUUAAAUUGUACGUUUUAAAAUAAUUUCUUGAUGAUUUUGUAUUAUGUUAAAUCAUCCGCAGUCUGUUGUCUUGAACUCGUUACUGGAGGCAGCAGCUCCUGAGGCCGAGAGCGGUGCGCACCGAGGUCAGCGGCUCCGAGCGCAGCGCCUCCCUUUGCAGGCGCCUGGCAGCCCCUGUCCGCGCUCCAGCCCUUCCAAGGGACCCCCCCCCCCCCGGGGGUCUUAGGCGCAUGUGUCUACAGAGACUCAUUUCCUCUGUAGAGCGGCCGGCUGCCCAGUGAACGUACCAGAUUGUAUGUGGAGCUACUGAAUAGAGUUUCCUGUCAAAUUAAUCAUUUUUGUUGGAAAAUGCAGUGUUUGGGGCACUCGUCUGAAUUAGUAGAUAAAAACUAUAAACGCUAAAUUAUACAUGUGAUGUACAGUUAUUGGAAGCAAUUUUCAUGGAAAUGAAAGUUGCGGGGUAAUUUUAGGUUGUAUUUGGGGUCUCGGUGCGUCCGCAUUGGGGCCGACAGCGGGUGCGUUGAGACCCGCUGACUUUGACGAGAACUGCUGGCCGAGCCCUCCGGUGACAAUGACCAGGGAAGGAGGGACCCGUUUCCACCUGGUCUUCCCGCUUUUGGUUUUAAAGCAGCAGCGUUUCUCAGUACACAUGCAGUUUGGGUUUUAAAGACAGAGUGGCCGCCAGGUGGCCUACCAGAUGUUUUAAACUCUGUUCCCGUAAUUUGCAGUUCCUGGCUGAGUUUCUUCAGCAGUCCCCGGGGUUAGCAACCACGAAAUGUUUUAUUAAGAAACUGUUUUCAAAAAUAAAUUUGCACUGUUGAUGUUUCAUGUCCUAAGGGUAAAGUACUGAAAGAAUUCUGAUUUUUUGUUUGUUUGUUUAUUUUCAUUAUGCAACAUGAAGCAAAGUUGAUCGCGAAGUCUUAACUCCCGCCACAGGGAGGCCUCAUUGGAGAUCAAUCUGCUGGCCUUGCAAUUAAGUGCUUCGUACCAGGAGGGUGGACAGUAUUCGCCCUUUUUCCUGUUCACAAGCUGAGCCAUAUGUACAGAAUCUAGAUUUUCGUUUUCAUAGUUUUGCACUUUUAUAGCCUAUUUUUGAAGAUUAACACAUUUGCAAAGAUGAUUGACUUGAUCGUGGCCCAGUCCCAUGAGUGUCACUGAGGGCGCUCCGACUCCGAGGGACAUCUUCAGAGGGGCCGCAGCGCAGUGGGGGGCUGACUCGGAAACCUGUAUUUAAAACAAAUCACCAAAUCUAUUUGAAAGCAAGUCGGUUUGUGCUGUGCUGAAAUUAUUGGGGUUUUUGUAUUUCUCCUUUGUAGCCACAUUUCUGAAAGCGUAAAAAUACCCGUUUUUUUUCUUUUUCACAGCCCUUGUAUUCCAAUUUUUUUUUUUUGCCCAUCAGUAUUAACUAUUGGGAUACUACUGGUUUUGUAUGUUUUUUUUUCUUUGAGACAACAGUACAUAUAAUAGAGGUACAAUCUGUUGGAUUUUUGUUUAUGUAUUUAUUUCAUUCCAGUUUGAUUUAUUUUAAUUGUUGAUACUUAAGUUGUCAAACAGUAGACAUGACCUGUUUUAUUUAUGAUAUAUUUCAGCUUAAAGUUAUGUUAUUAUAUGUGGAUGUAAAUACAGGUUU